CUGCGUCUGUGGAGCGGCGGCGGUAAGAGCGGACGGCUGCCUCUGCUGCCUUCUAAUAUUUAGAAUUAACAACAAUAACAACGAUACUAACAACAACAAUAAUAGCGACAGGUAGAGUCGAUUCCCACUGCAUUCGCCUUAAUCUAAGCGCUUUGUUUAUCCGUGUGUUUUUGGCGUGCAAGGAACGCGAAGGCCGUCCGUGAAAUGCGGCAUUGAACGCAGGCCCAGCGACGCAUUUAGAAUCGGAAUCUUUUUAUUUUAUCAUCAUUUACACAGUUUGGUAGCGAUCGACUUAGAAUUGUUGAGGGGAAAGGAAGGCGAUGCACUGCAGCAACACGGGCGUCGUCACUCGCCGAGUCGCCCCCUAAGAGGCUGAGCCUCGGUGUAGCUCUUCCAUCCUUGUAAAUGGUUUUAUCAUGACUGAAGAGCUUAAUAAAGAAGGCAGCAAAGGUGGGCUCAACAUACAUAUGUCACCCUGCUGCAGCAAAAGCAACCGGACGGGGCCAGGUAUUAGCCAGAACAUCCUGGGUACUGGGACAGUAUCAAUGCCACGCAAGCACCCACGAAAAAAUGGCUGGAGCUGGCCACUGCACCUACAGCAGAUUACCGCGUGGUUGGCCAUCACCUAUUUUGUGACUGUCGGCUUUGGAGCUUGCUUCCCGUUAAUGCGGAGUCACUGGCAGCCAUUGGCCUACAUUGUCACAUCGUUGGUACUUGCCAUUCACGUGCUGAUGCAUAUAUUGGCAGUGUCUAUUGACCCAGCAGAUGAUAAUGUGCGCAGCAAAAUCUUCAGUGAACCAGUGCCAAUGUUUGACCGCAGCGUGCGAGCUCACGUUAUCGAGAACAACUACUGUGUGCUUUGCAGAACCGAAGUGGCAUCCAAAUCAAAACAUUGCAUUUCAUGCAAUAAAUGUGUUGCUCGUUUCGACCAUCAUUGCCACUGGCUCAACAACUGUGUGGGCAGGAGGAACUACUGGUUCUUUUUUGGCACGAUGAUAUCUGCUGUGAUUGGGCUCUGCAUUAUCUUGGCCAGUAUAAUGUAUGUGUUUAUCCAGUACUUCAUCAAUCCAGGAGCUCUUCGGGAUCAUCCUGCAUUCUCAGAAUUGAGUGGUCCAAAUGAAUGGCUGGUGUUCCUGCCAUCUGCUCCUUUGCGCAUGAGUGGCAUUAGUUUUAUCAUCUUUGUUGGGGUGACAAUGUGUUUUGAUGCAAUUUGCUGUAUAUUGAUAAUGCAGCUGCUUUGCAACCACUUUUACCUAUUCUACCACAGGAUAACCACAUAUGACUACAUUGUGCUGAAACGCAAUGAAAAGGAACGUCAGAAGAGAAUCGUGGAAGAAAGGGCGGCCAAGGCUCAACAGACCAAUUCUCAUGGCAUUGAGAAUGCUAAUCGUGGUGCCCCAAUUGCAAUCAAUAUGGACUUUCCAAAGCAGCUGGUUCAAGGACAAAAAGAAGCUUCUAAGGCAAGAACGGAUGAGAGUAGCAAACAUCUGGCUCUGCCACCUGCCCAAGCGUCUGCCCAGACCUCCUGUCACGUGGUUCACGAAAAUAGGAAGAGUACCAUAAGUAUCUCAUCCAAAAGCUCAUUGGAUAAACAGCGAGAAAUUUUCAACAAAGGUUCAUCUGCAGCUGCUCAUGAGGGAAAUUCAGAAGCCCCUUCCUACUUUUCCUACCAUCAUGGUCAUGUAGCAAGCAAUUUGCUGGAACAAGCCAGGCUGACUUCAAACAUUGCAUACAGAACUGGGAGUUUUUCAGAAACCCUGUGUGAGUGCUAGCAGCCCGAAGAUGAAAAGAAUCAAAGAGGGGUGGGAUUGAAAACACAAUUCAGACUCCACUGUUCUCAGCAAGGCAAGAGGAGAUAAGCGUUUGACUGUGUUAACUACUGACAACAGUCUACUAGUAAAGAGUGCUUACCUCCAACACUACCAAGUCAUUGGAUGAUAUUCGGCUGCAUAAUAUUGGAGCAGGAAUUGAUGUUAACUGAUCUGUUUGUGCUCGAGUCUGCUGCCGACGUUGAAACUCAUUUAAAGUCCCGUGUAACUGCCAGUGCAAGUGAGAGACUUGUGGAUAAUUUUACGUGGCAGGGAAGGUAAGGUGCAGGGUCUUGCAAAUGAUAAGGAAAGAGAAGACUUUGGAAGUCCAGCAAAUGUGAAAUGUAUGCACGUAAACAAUAUUCCGGACAACGCGGUACGAUAAUGAGGCCAGCGCGCAAUUGUCACCGCCACCGUUUGCUUAGCAAAAAAAAAAUCUACGGAGCAAAGUGUACAGCAUGAACUGAAAAUGGCAUCAAUGAUAAGAGUGUUUGUGCAAGCGACAUAAAUCAACCGUGCAUUAUAGUUCCUGCAAGAUGGUGUGGUGGACUUGUGUCGUUUCAAUGAAGAUGACUGCUCUUCACAGGGGAAAACUAUAAGUUCGCUCUCCUUCGUCACUCCCAAUAUGAGCAAAGGAAAUUGUCCAGGGUCUCUUCUGACAAGUGUAUGUGCCACUGUGGUUAUGUGGCCUGGCACAAGCGUCAUGGUGACGUCACCGCCACUUAGUGGCGAAUGGCGGUUGUGGUUAUGUGGACAAAGGGACCAUAUGCACUGAUGCAACUGUUCAGGUCGCAGGGUGGAUUUUUAGGUGAGAUAAAACUCAAUUCAAUAUUUGCAAUUAAGAAGACAAUGGAAAGAAGUUCAUCAACUGAAUCGUAAUUUAAAGACACUUCGGGGAAAAGCUAUUUCAAGCUGGAUGCUGGCCAUUCAUUAAAUCACUUACUCAGACACUUGAUAUACAGACAUCUUCCAAGCUUCAAAUGGACUUUGGCUCUUCCGCUGAGAAAUUAUGCUUAAACAUACUCAUAGUUAAAAGUCUCACUGCUCAUAGUUGGUACAAACUGUUGCAAUUAUUCCUAAUGUUUUCCUUUUAGAUACAUAGUUGAAAAUAAUAUAAAGUGUCAAUUGUUACAAUUCAGCAAUUUUAUAAUACUGCACUAUACAUUUUUAGGAGAAUCGUGAUAACAUAAAAAGGUACGGUACAGGGAUUUGUCUUUACCUUGCAUAACCAUUUUUUUUAAGCUUGGAUAAAUAAUACUUUAUGCGCACUUGGGGCACAGUUUAUAUGCCUUGCAAAUAUUGUUAAUUGCAUCUCCUUCAAACUAAAAAGUGCAAGUCUCACCACUUGGUUUACCGUAAUCAUUAGUGGCUUAGAUUCAAACCCAGGAGCUCAGCAGUGACAGCUUAUAGAAUUAAAAUAUAUAUUAAAAUAAUUUUGAAUUGAUAGUGGUGUAGAAAAAAAAACACCCUACCAAUCAUGGACAGCAGAUGGAGUGUGUGAACACAUGAUUUUUAGUCUGACGGUACGUCGUUGGGAUUUCUAUACUGGGACAGAGGCAGAUUGAAACAGACAAUAAAAAUAUAAUUUUAAAAUUGUAUAGAGGGACAAGGAGAUAUACAUAGAGAUCAAUUCAGACCGGUUACUUUAAAUUUAGGCUUUUCCAAACUCCAGGCCUCGAGUUCUCAAACACAUGAAGUCAUAUGCUGCAUGCAUCUGAGGUGGGGAGUGUUGAUUGUAAUAAAGAUAGGAUCUUGUUUUUAUUCAGUGUUCUCCGUAAGGGUUUUCACAUUGGGGAAAAGAUCAAUGACCAUUGUUCAACCCAAAGUGUAUUCAUUUCACCAUAUAACUGCCAGGUGAAACAUUUUAAAAUAUACCUCCCAGCGGUAAUUAUCAGGAUUCUACCGUAUUGCGCUGCAUUUAACACACUUUUUAUUUAAAAGUUUAAAAAAAUACAUACAAAAUGCAAUUCACCAAUCACGAUGUGCCUUUGACUUCAGAUGUGGGAGAUGCCCACUUUUGUGUCAGCUGCCUUAAAAAGGUGUGAAGAACCAAAUAACUUACACUGUCAGUCUAUGCAAUUGUAUAUGCUGUACUGUGAAGAAAAUACAUACUUAAAGCACUUUCAUUGAGGACUGCAAUUUAUUUAGUUGACUGCUGAUAUAUGGAAAAUACAUUUCAAAUCUGUUAAAUGAAUGUGCCAAAUUAUUCUUGAUUUCUUUUUAGAUUUUGAGGUUGUAUAAGGAUGCACUGAUGACUUUGUGAUGCUGUGUGAGCAUUGAGUCAUUGUUUCCAAUAAUGUAAUUAUUUCUACGUUGCAUUUGAAGAGAAUUUGCACUUUAAAAUAAUUAAAUGGCUUUUUUUUUACACGAGACAUUUUCCACGUUGAAAACAUUCUUAUAGCUUAUGCAUUCCAAAAUAAAAUGAUUUGCUAUGUCAUUGUAAUUCUAUAUAUGUAUAUCAAAUGCGUUGAUUAACAUUUUUUACGCAAUCAACAGGGUGUAAUAGGUUACCACUCAAGAGUACAUGAUCAUGGUUUGUAUUUGUGCAUCUGAAAACAGUCACCAAUGAGAACUUGUUACCUUGCUAUGUUGUUUGAAGUAAACUAAUGGUAACAUUUCAGCUUGUGUGAAAUCACUUCCAAACACACCAUUGUAGAUAUGCACAUAGAUCAUGAUGAACUUAACUACACACAUUAGAUUUUGAUUUAAAGCUUUCGUGACUGCAGGGAUUAAUAUUCUUGGUUCUUUCAGGUAAAGUCACGUAGAAGGGAAAUAAUAAAAUACUAAAAAAUAUUAAAC